UUUAGAACUUGUUAGCUUGUCUGGGCUGCUAGCUAAUUCUUCCCAGGCUAGACACCCAGGCUAAGCAAUUGGUUCCGAACCCAGAGGAACCCAGGAUCAGGCGAGGCCGGGUCACGUGGCCGGCUGCCUACAUGACGUACGGGCUGCUGAGCGUCAGCGUGACGUUCAGGAGACCUUCGAAGUGGCCAGGCUACCUCCGUCACCUGUGCUGUCGGGGUGCUGUCAUGGACCUGGGACCGAUGCGCAAGAGUUACCGCGGGGACCGAGAGGCAUUUGAGGAGUCUCAUCUGACCUCUCUGGACCCCAUGAAGCAGUUCGCUUCCUGGUUUGAGGAGGCCAUUCAGUGUCCGGACAUAGGGGAAGCCAAUGCUAUGUGUCUGGCUACCUGCACCAGAGAUGGAAAACCCUCUGCCCGCAUGCUGCUGCUGAAGGGCUUUGGCAAGGAUGGCUUCCGCUUCUUCACUAACUACGAGAGCCGGAAGGGAAAAGAGCUGGACUCGAAUCCCUUUGCCUCUCUUGUCUUCUACUGGGAGCCCCUGAACAGGCAGGUACGUGUGGAGGGCCCUGUGAAGAAGCUGCCUGAGAAGGACGCCGAGAACUACUUCCAUUCCCGCCCCAAGAGCAGCCAGAUUGGGGCUGUGGUCAGUCGGCAAAGUUCUGUGAUCCCCGAUCGGGAGUACCUGAGAAAGAAAAAUGAGGAAUUGGGGCAGCUCUACCAGGAACAAGAGGUGCCUAAGCCGGAAUACUGGGGUGGCUACAUCCUGUACCCCCAGGUGAUAGAGUUCUGGCAAGGCCAAACCAACCGCCUGCAUGACCGCAUUGUCUUCCGGCGAGGCCUGACAGCAGGAGAUGCCCCCUUGGGACCCAUGACCCACCACGGGGAAGAAGACUGGGUGUAUGAGAGACUUGCACCGUGACUCGGGACUCAGAAUGUUGGGGAAUCGUCUGAAAUCAGCUGAAAGAGAGUGGGGGAGAGCUGCUAAGAGGGCGAAGGACUGGGAGCCAGGUCUACAUUUCUCUCUGUUUUGGGGGGCGCUUGGGCUUAAACCCUAGGACCUUGCUCAUUCUAGGUAACACUACCGCUGAGCUAUAGUCCCAAUAUUUUUUUCUUAACCUUUUAUUUGGAGACUAAGUCGCCUCGGCUGGCCUUGAACUCACUGUGUGUGUACCCCAGUCAAGUCUUGGCCUUAAGUUCCUCUUGCCGCAGUCUUUUGAGGAGCAGUGAUUACAGGCCAGUGCCACCAGGCCCAGCUCUAGUCCUUGUUUUUAAACUAAGUCCAUUUCCCUUCCUAUCCAUCCUUUAUGUCAAAAGUCUCUCUAGGACUCGAACUCCUGAGCUCCUUCGAACUCAGCCGGAGCAGAGAGUGAUCCUGUCAUAGAGAGUCACGAAUGGCAAAGAAUCUCAUAAUUAUCUCCCUUGGCUUUGUUUGUGGGUUUUGGAAAAGCCCAUCGAGGGGGCAGCAGCUGGUAUGACUCCGUUUCCAGCAACAGAAUCAUCAGGCUGCCAACGUGCAUGGCUCACUGACCACAGAAAGGAGACUGGGCCAAUCCGUGUUUUCUGUGGCUCAGCCAGGAUCAGAGAACUACGAUUUGUUCUGGCUGGCCAUGAACUUGUUACUCUGGACGCUGUACUUCUUUUGACGUUUAUGGGUGUGUGCGUCAGCCUCUGUCACUGACAAGGGUUCCUCUUCUGCGUUGAUCCCCCUACUUAAACCUGGGUCCAGAAGGACAUUGACCCUGUGGCUGCCCACCAGGUACCCUCCCCUCCCUCACCCCUUUUGCUGUUGUGCCGUGAACUGUGACUUUGUUAGUACGUGCACAUGAGUUGUUGCAGAGAACACCUUGCUGUACCCCACCUCUUUUAGGGGGUUGUAUAUGUCCCCAGUUUUUAGCCUGAUCUCAGCUGUCAUUUCCAACAUGCAAGUGUAUAAUAAAAACUUGUCGGCCGUGCGUGA